CUUUCCCUCUCUCUCCUUUUGGUGGCGUUGAAUGAAAAUAUCACUGACUGUACAUAUCUUUGUAAAUUAUUUGAUUUAUUGAAAACAACCUGACUAGUGUAAUGUUAGGUGAAUAAAAGACUAGUGUAAUGCUGGGUGAUAGAAAGACUAGUGUAAUGCUGGGUGAAUGAAAGACUAGUGUAAUGCUGGGUGAAUGAAAGACUAGUGUAAUGCUGGGUGAAUGAAAGACUAGUGUAAUGCUGGGUGAAUGAAAGACUAGUGUAAUGCUGGGUGAAUGAAAGACUAGUGUAAUGCUGGGUGAAUGAAAGACUAGUGUAAUGCUGGGUGAAUUAAAGACUAGUGUAAUGCUGGGUGAAUGAAAGACUAGUGUAAUGCUGGGUGAUAGAAAGACUAGUGUAAUGCUGGGUGAAUGAAAGACUACUGUAAUGCUGGGUGAAUGAAAGACUAGUGUAAUGCUGGGUGAAUGAAAGACUAGUGUAAUGCUGGGUGAAUGAAAGACUAGUGUAAUGCUGGGUGAAUGAAAGACUAGUGUAAUGCUGGGUGAAUGAAAGACUAGUGUAAUGCUGGGUGAUAGAAAGACUAGUGUAAUGAUGGGUGAAUGAAAGACUAGUGUAAUGCUGGGUGAAUGAAAGACUAGUGUAAUGCUGGGUGAAUGAAAGACUAGUGUAAUGCUGGGUGAAUGAAAGACUAGUGUAAUGCUGGGUGAUAGAAAGACUAGUGUAAUGCUGGGUGAAUGAAAGACUAGUGUAAUGAUGGGUGAUAGAAAGACUAGUGUAAUGCUGGGUGAAUGAAAGACUAGUGUAAUGCUGGGUGAAUGAAAGACUAGUGUAAUGCUGGGUGAAUGAAGACUAGCUUUAGAGGAGAACCGGUAGCUAGCUGUUAACGACCGAUAGGAGGCUGACUGACUGUGUUCAAAUAUUGUUGAUAAAUAAUUAAUUAGCCUACCGUCGUAUCUGAGCACUCAUGAUUAAUGAAUUGUAAUGCAAUAAAAAAAGCAGCACGGACCACAGAUUAGUAUGUGAGGAACUGUGUGUGUUUGGGCUCCUGUGUGUGUGUUUGGGCUCCUGUGUGUGUGUUUGGGCUCCUGUGUGUGUGUUUGGGCUCCUGUGUGUGUUCAAACGCAGCCCCUUGUUUUGAUGACAGAAACAGGGCUGUGGCGACAGAGUGAGUAGGAGGAGAGUACGAGAAGCGGAGCUUCUAUCCCUCCAUUCAUUCUAUGUAAAUGCACUGCCGCCUGCUCGCGUUGGAUUGGUUGGCUCCCCGAACAGCUCUUCAGACAAACGAGAGAGCACAGGGAGGGAGAGAGACAUAGGAAAGGAGAGUGAUGCGGAGUGUGUGUUCUUAAAGGUCCAGUUCUAAUUAAGCCGGCAGGCUGCAGUGAGACGGACGAUCAGUCUGCGCGCCCCUUUCUCUUCCUCUUACCCCUGAGGUCCCAUUGUCAUCAUUAAUGUCUAUCCCAAACUGUCCAUGAAUUAUGGAGUAGUGAAGUCUCCAUAGAAAUAUUGCCUGUGGGGAACAGAUAGACGGACGGAAGGACAGACAGAGAAAGAAAGAGAAGAAGGGGAUGAAGAACACAGCUGUAAGCCGCCACUCUGCAUGCUCCUUCUUCUGCACAGCGCAGGCUCAGUGAAUGUCAGAGAGAGAGAGAGGGAGCGAGCGAGCGAGCGGUGUGCCCUUCGCUGAACGGAUGAAUGGGAGAGGAGCAGAGGGAGGCUGAGCUUGGAGACAACACGUGCUUCACAGAGAGAGAGAGGAAAGAAAGGCAGGGAGGACGGGAGAAGCAAGCUCGCAUACCGCUAUCACCCUAGUUACAUCAGAGCUGCACCGACUUCCACCGGCAACAAACCAGCAGAGGGGGACAUGAAGAGGACUGGUCUGAUCUGAGCCACAUAUAGAGGAGGAGCUGUAUAAAGUUCCCGUCUGUUCCCCGGGCUGUUGAGUUCCUGUCUUUGUACUGAGUGGCGGACAGACAGUGCCGUGCCGUGCUGGUCAUGCGUGUGGAAUGUAGCGUGGCCCCAUUGAGAAGAACAGAAAACAAACAAAUGCUGCUGAACCUUUCAUUUUCAGGAGGAAGUUACACUACAGUGUGAAUCAGGGAGGGACACUUUCUAAGAGGUACUAGAAGUCAAAGGAAAGACUGUUUAGCGUUUUGCACCAAUCGGCAAAAACUUCAAGACUGCCGAGGCAUGAGGCAAGCAGACGGUCUGAAAGAAAGGAGAGGUAUUUCUUCCGUCUGGACGAUGACACUGCUCUGAAUGAAUCCUGCUGGACCAGAGGAGAGAGAGAAGGGAGUAUGAGCUAACUCACCCUCACUAAUCCACCCCUAAAAAGUGCCUGUUCACGUCCCCCGUAUCCUGGCGCAGAGGACCUUCUCUAUCUGUACCACAACCCCAGAGGAAGGGGUGUGUUUGUAACCCUGUACCCCUAAAGAGGGGUGAAGCUUCCUGGAUAUAGACUCCACUGUGCGACUCUACAGCAGAAGCAACAUGGAUGACUCCAGUAUUCUCAGACGUAGGGGUCUGCAGAAGGAGCUCAGUCUUCCAAGGAGGGCCAGUUUCUGUCGGACCAGUAACAGGAAGAGCCUGAUUGUGACGUCCAGUACCUCUCCGACACUACCCAGACCACACUCACCACUACAUGGACACCCAGGGAGCAGCCCCCUGGACAGCCCUAGAAACUUCUCCCCCAGCACGGCAGCACACUUCUCCUUCGUUCCAGCUCGCAGUCACGGGCACAGGGCUGACAGGACGGAUGGCAGACGCUGGUCUCUGGCCUCACUUCCCUCCUCUGGAUAUGGCACUAACACACCCAGCUCCACCGUCUCAGUGAGUUCAUCCUGUUCAUCCCAGGAGAAGCUGCACCAGCUACCCUUCCAGCCCACGGCGGACGAGCUGCACUUCCUCACCAAGCACUUCAGCUCCGAGAGCAUCACAGACGAGGAUGAACGACACUCGCCCAUGCGCCCCCGCUCACGCAGCCUCAGCCCUGGUCGCUCACCCAUCUCUUUUGACCAUGAGGUCGUCAUGAUGAACCAUGUCUACAAGGAGCGCUUUCCCAAGGCCACGGCUCAAAUGGAGGACCGUCUGGCUGACUUCCUGUCGUCCUCGGCCCCUGACAAGGUGAUGCCCCUGGCCGACGGGGUCCUCAGUUUCAUCCACCACCAGGUCAUAGAGCUGUCCAGAGACUGCCUGGUUAAAAGCCGUGAGGGCUGCAUCACAUCACGCUACUUUUACGAACUGCAGGAGAACCUGGAGAAACUACUGCAGGAUGCUCACGAGCGCUCGGAGAGUGUGGAGGUAACCUUCGUCACCCAGCUGGUUAGGAAGCUGAUGAUCGUCAUCGCUCGUCCUGCACGCCUGUUAGAAUGUCUGGAGUUUGACCCAGAGGAGUUCUACCAUCUGUUGGAGGCAGCUGAGGGCCAUGCCAAGGAGGGCCAGGGCAUCAAGUCAGACAUCCCCCGUUACAUCAUCAGCCAGCUGGGUCUCACCAGGGAUCCCCUGGAGGAGAUGGCCCAGCUGAGCAGCUACGACAGUGGGAACCCAGACACACCAGAGACAGACGAGGCUGUGUAUAGUCGAGGGGCCACCGUGCCUGUAGUAGCUCCCCCUAAAACCAAAGCCCCACGGGAGGAGGACUUUGAGAACAUCAAGCUCAUCAGCAACGGGGCCUAUGGUGCUGUGUUUCUGGUGCGGCACAAGGAGACCCGUCAGCGUUUUGCCAUGAAGAAGAUCAACAAGCAGAACCUCAUCCUGAGGAACCAGAUCCAGCAGGCCUUCGUAGAGAGAGACAUCCUGACCUUCGCUGAGAACCCCUUCGUGGUCUCAAUGUUCUGCUCCUUUGAGACACGCAGACACCUCUGUAUGGUCAUGGAGUAUGUGGAGGGUGGUGACUGUGCCACCCUGCUGAAGAACAUCGGAGCUCUGCCCGUGGACAUGGCACGCAUGUACUUCGCUGAGACUGUACUGGCACUGGAGUACCUCCACAACUAUGGCAUCGUACACAGAGACCUGAAACCUGACAAUCUUCUGAUCACGUCGAUGGGCCACAUCAAGCUGACGGACUUUGGGUUGUCUAAGAUCGGUCUGAUGAGCCUCACCACCAACCUGUAUGAAGGACACAUAGAGAAAGAUACCAGGGAGUUCCUGGAUAAACAGGUGUGUGGUACACCAGAGUACAUCGCCCCAGAGGUGAUCCUCAGACAGGGCUAUGGGAAGCCAGUAGACUGGUGGGCCAUGGGGGUCAUCCUCUAUGAGUUCCUGGUGGGCUGUGCCCCUUUCUUUGGAGACACACCUGAGGAGCUCUUUGGACAGGUCAUCAGUGAUGAGAUCACAUGGCCAGAGGAGGAGGAGGCUCUUCCUAACGAUGCCCAGGACCUCAUCUCUAAACUCCUCAGACAGAACCCUCUGGAGAGGCUGGGCACAGGCAGUGCAUUUGAGGUGAAGCAGCAUCGGUUCUUCUAUAAUCUGGACUGGAACACUCUGCUGAGACAGAAGGCAGAGUUCAUCCCUCAGCUAGAGUCAGAGGACGACACCAGCUACUUCGACACCCGUUCAGACAGGUACCACCACUUGGACUCUGAAGACGAAGAUGACACCAACGAUGACGAACAUGUAGAGAUACGUCAGUUCUCCUCCUGCUCGCCCCGCUUCAGCAAGGUGUACAGCAGUAUGGAGCGUCUAUCCCUCCAUGAGGAGAAGAGGACCCCCCCGCCCACCAAGCGCAGCCUCAGCGAGGAGGGAGGAGAACGCAUUGACAGCCUCAGUAGUCUCAAGUCCAGAGACCGCGCCUGGCUGGUGGGGUCACCUGAGAUCCUGCGUAAGCGUCUGUCUGUCUCAGAGUCGUCCCACACCGAGAGCGACUCCAGCCCUCCCCUGACGGUGCGAAGACGCUGCUGCUCCGCCAUCAUCGAGAUGCCGCGCUUCGCCAUCUCCUCAGAGGAGGAAGCAGGGGUGGCCCCCAGCCUGCUCAGCCAGACCCCCGGUGGAGUCAGGGGCCCCCGCAGCGAGGACCUACCCCUCUCCAUCCCUGAGCUCCCCGUGGAGAGAGAGCUGAAACUGGAUGAGUCCCCCACAACACCAGACUCUACAGCCAGCCAGCUCAGCAAAGCCACACUCACACCGGGCAGUUCAGGAGAUGUGUGGGAGCGUGGUUCAGGGGCAGACAGCUCUCCCUCUACCCCUAAGGCCAUCAGUGACCUGGCAGCUAGGAGAGCCCGUCACAGACUGUUGUCUGGAGACGCAGACAAACACGCCCAGUCCAGACCACUCAACAAGGUCAUCAAGUCAGCCUCCGCUACCACUCUCUCACUUAUGAUUCCUGCUGACCACCACGGGGCCUCCCCAUUGGCCAGCCCCAUGUCACCCCACUCCUUCUCGUCCAAUCCAUCGUCCAGAGACUCCUCCCCCAGUAGAGACCUGUCCCCAGCCGUGGCCAACAUCAAACCCGCCAUCAUCAUCCACAAGGCGGGCAAGAAGUACGGCUUCACCCUGCGAGCCAUCAGGGUGUAUAUGGGAGACACAGACAUCUACACAGUACAUCACAUGGUCUGGCAUGUAGAGGAGGGUGGUCCAGCCCAUGAUGCAGGGCUGAGAGAAGGAGACCUCAUCACUCAUGUGAAUGGAGAGGCUGUCCACGGCCUGGUGCACACUGAGGUGGUGGAACUCAUUCUCAAGAGCGGUGGUAAGGUGUCCAUCUCUGCCUGUCUUAUGCAUGUGGUGUGUUACCCUCAGAGCGGUGGUAAGGUGUCCAUCUCUGCCUGUCUUAUGCGUGUAGUGUGUUACCCUCAGAGCGGUGGUAAGGUGUCCAUCUCUGCCUGUCUUAUGCGUGUGGUGUGUUACCCUCAGAGCGGUGGUAAGGUGUCCAUCUCUGCCUGUCUUAUGCGUGUAGUGUGUUACCCUCAGAGCGGUGGUAAGGUGUCCAUCUCUGCCUGUCUUAUGCGUGUGGUGUGUUACCCUCAGAGCGGUGGUAAGGUGUCCAUCUCUGCCACGUCCUUUGAGAACACUUCCAUCAAGCUGGGCCCUGCCCGCAAGACCGGCUCCAAAUCUAAGAUGGCGCGUCGCAACAAGAAGACCAAGACCAAAGAUAGCAGCCAGGAAAGCAGUAGUAAGAAGAGGAACUCUCUGUUCAGGAAGAUCACUAAGCAGGCGUCUCUUCUCCACACCAGCCGUAGCCUCUCCUCUCUAACCCGCUCUCUGUCCUCUGGAGAGAGUGGACCCGGGUCCCCCACUCACAACCUGUCCCCUAGAUCACCUACACAGGGUUACCGGUCCACACCUGACUCUACUCACUCUGUAGGGGGUAACUCGUCUCAGAGCAGCUCUCCCAGCUCCAGUGUUCCUAACUCCCCAGCCAGCUCCGGUCACAUCAGGCCCAGCUCCCUCCACGGCCUGGCCCCCAAGCUCCAGCGCCAGUAUCGCUCCCCUCGCCGCAAGUCAGCCGGCAACAUCCCUCUAUCCCCCCUGGCCCGCACCCCUUCCCCAACCCCACAGAGCACCUCCCCCCAGCGCUCUCCCUCCCCCUUGUCCAGCCACGGACUAAGCUCCACCUCUAUGGGCCAGACCUUUCCCGUCAAGCUCCACUCUUCCCCCCCUCUGGUCAGGCAGAUCUCCAGGCCCAAGAGCGCUGAACACCCCCGCUCUCCACUGCUCAAGCGAGUCCAGUCUGCUGAGAAGCUAGCCUCCUCCCUCUCCUCCUCGUCGUCCUCCCCCUCUCCAUCAGGCGCCGGAGGCGACAAGAAGCUGCCUGUAACAGUGACAGGACGUAAACACAGCCUGGACAUCUCCCACGCUGAGUUUAAGAAGGAGAUGCUUCAGAGAGACCCCAGUCUGCAGAGUCUCCAGGAAUCAGCUGGGGAGAGAGAGAGCCUGCUGCUGGGUGUGGGGCCUGGGAUAGGGGGCCGUGGGGGUCCCGUGGAGAAGGGCAGCCUGCAAAAACCCUCCUCCAGCAGGAAGCUAGGACGUCAGGAGGGGGACGGAGGGUCGACGGCCGGGUCCCUGGGGCUGGCCCCCGGGAAGAGCAAACUGAAGGACAAGCUGUCAGCCAUCAGACAGGACCGGGCUGAGAGGAGGGAGUCACUGCAGAAGCAGGAUGCCAUCCACGAAGUGGACUCAUCAGAGGACGAGACAGACGAGGGGUCCGAGGACAGUCAGGACGGGCGUGGCAGGAACACCUGCACCUUUACCCCCCCACUGCUCCGCCCCACCUCCGUCAUGCCCACCGCCCCCCGUACGGGACCCGGGGGUACCCUUCCCUCCCUCUGUCUGUCCCCCUCCUCCACCCUGCUGCCAAGCAGAGCCACCGUACCCUCCACACUCCACGAACACAAGCCCACUCAGAGUGGUCCUUCGCUGGGAGGGAAAGACGGGGGCUCAGCCUCCUCGGAUGACUGUAGGCGGAGAGAUGGGAAGACUCCAGACCCCAGCAGCAAGUUCACCCAGAGCCCCCUGUCCAGCACCUUCGCCACCCUCAGCAGUGCUUUCAUCUCUGUCAGCAAGGACACCUUCCUGAAGCCUGCUGCUUCAUCUCCACAUCAGGACUGGAGGAGCCCCAAGUUGCUUGAGCCCAGGGGGAAGAGCAGUAGUUUAUGGAGCGAGGAGAGAGACUCUGGUCUGGAGGCCCCCAGAUCCAGCCCCACUGGGUCCAUAGACGGCAGAGACCUAGUCCCCACACCCAUCUCCUCCCCAGGCAUCACAAAGGAGAAGAAGGAGGCUGACAACCGGAGACAUGCUGCUGCUGCUGCCGCUGCUGCAGCCUACGCCACCCCCAGCCCCCCAGCCUCUCCAGCGCCAGUGUCAAGGUCAGAUAGUGGGGUGGACAAGGUGGUGUCACAUCUAGCCAAUGUAGCUCAUAGCGUCCUGGGGCCCGUCAAACUAACCAUCCCCGGGGCCAAGGAAGCCUUUGAGAGAGCCAAGGACCAGAAUCAGAGACCCUCCAACCCCUCUCACCCCAAGGCCACUCCCCUCUCCCCCUCCCCCUUUAGACACCCUGCCCCUCAGCCCCCGCCUCGCCUGUCCUCCCAGUCUCCUCCCAGGCAGCCCUCCUCCAAAACUGAGCCAGCCCCCCCUCCCCCUCCACAGAGGAGGCCCUCCCCUCCUAAAGACUGUACCCUGGCCCAGGACCCCAUGGAGAGGCCGGUGGGGGAGUUACGAGGCAGUGGGGAGACUGCACCCACCACCACACCCAACCAGACACCCACUGCAGCCUCAGAGCAGCGCAAUAGGCCAGACCCUCCGGCCUCACAGAGACCCAGCCCAGCCUCUGCAGCCUCCACCCCGCAGGACAAUCCCAGCAGCAAAAACACGUAGCAGAUAAGACACCCAUGACAAUAGAGACUGCUUUAUCCACAGACAACUGCAUGUUUGGAAGAAAACAACAUUCUAAACUCUUUGCAACUCACUAAUCAUUAUCUGAGAGCAUAGCCAUCUGAGAGAGAGAGAGAGAGAGGGAGAGAGAGAGAGGUGAUCGUUCGGGCCCUGACUAUGUGUUCCUGUAUUCCAGAGACAUCCAGAUUGGCUGUAGAUCUCUUGUUGUUGUUAUACUCAGUUUUGUAACAUUGAUUCAUGUUCCUGUGAAGUCGGUCUGCAUUUGUUUCUCUCUCUGCAAAGAAACAUGGGGGCUAGAAAUAAACCGUGUGAGUUCACUGAUCCACACGCACUGAGGAAAGGAUUAACAAACACACACAAACACUCUAAUGGUCUUUUCUUAGUGUACUGCCUCGUUAGCUUUCACCUUCAAGUUCCAGUCGUGUGACUUUUAUCAAGCCAAUAGAUCAGGUUGUGCCUUGUAAACAGUACAGCCACCGCUGCACCCCUCCUGCAUGUCUCCAGCCGUCCGUGGCUGAACAGGGUGUAACUCAGCAAUAAAAGUAGCGUAUGCUUAGCAAUCAGUAUAAAUACAUUACAGUCUGUUAAUGAAACAAUCUGCAUCGCCCAUCUUUAACUCACUCAGCAGCCUCAGGCAAAUGGUGUUCUUAUUCAUGGUCUAACGCUGCACUCUGUAUCUUUAACUGUUUAAUAGUGCAGACUGGCUAGAGAAAAGCCUCUAGUCUUUAUAUAACACUCUAUUCAUGUUGUGGCUGUCAGAGGGGCUAUUCAAGCAGUGUUUGUAUUGUAUCACAGAGUGUUCCAUGAAAAUCUCUUUCCCUAUCUGCUCCACCGGCUAUUCGUGUGCUUGUCAGUGUAGCUAGCGUAUAGAAGCUAACCCUUCCAUGGCUCUACCUGGACCUGUCAGUGUAGCUAGCGUAUAGAAGCUAACCCUUCCAUGGCUCUACCUGGACCUGUCAGUGUAGCUAGCGUAUAUGAAGCUAACCCUUCCAUGGCUCUACCUGGACCUGUCAGUGUAGCUAGCGUAUAUGAAGCUAACCCUUCCAUGGCUCUACCUGGACCUGUCAGUGUAGCUACUGUAGUGUAUAGAGCUGUGUGGCUGUACGUGUUGUGGUAGCUAGGAUACUAGCCUAGCCGUUGACCUUGUAACUGCAUGAUAGCCUCACCAUAUCUAGAUCCCUAUGUCAGGGACAUGUUUCUAAUGAUUAAAGAAUACUGGCUGGUUCAUACAACAGCUUUACAUUGACAUGGACUAUAGGUGAGAUAAGGAGGGACAGUGAUCUAGUCACAGACUACUUGGGGACACCUGGUCAAUCUGGUCCUAGUCUGGUUUGGUCAACUACACAAACAGUGUUGAGAUGACAAGAGUCAAGUAGUUAAGAUGAGGUAGAUCUAUUUAGAGAUUUGGGUUUGAGUACCGGGCAGCGGAUUGUUCCUGGGGUGUUCCACUUCCUGUAGUCCACAGGGGUGGACUACUCUGCCCCUGAAACUCAAUUACCCAGACUCCUCUCAAACUCUGAAGCAGGAAGACUGCUCACAAGUCUGUUUACAGGCUAGUUAGCAUAGGGCUGGGCAACAUCUCUGAUUCAGUUGAUUCAUUUGAAUGUAUGUUUUAGCGCAAUGUUUCAAAUGCCUGUAUCUCAAAUGCCUGUAUCGCAGGAAUUGAGGUUUUAAUAUUG